GCCGGGGUUGAAUUUGGUGGAGUGAUUGUGUCUUUGCGGGCAGGUUCGCAGACCGCGCUGCAGCUGUACUGCACCAUGGUUCAGGAACUCAAAGAGAUUUUGCAGCGAUGCUUCGAUCAACAGUUCUUGGUCAUCCUGGACGCGCGAGGUCAAGCGGUCAUGCUCCAGCUCGACCACGCCAUCCUCAUAGGUUCAGAGUUUCAAGUUGAAGCAGCGAAUGCUCGUACCUUUCGCAUCGCCCAGCAAGCGACUUUCAAAGAACUCCGGCUGCGCAAGCUUUUGGGCCGUAUUGCUGAAGCCCAAAACCAGCAAAGCCGUGGCCGCCAGCCACCGGCCAUCCUGAUCCGUCGUAUCUUCUCUCAUCCUUUUGUUGUCAGAGAAGGCUUGCAAAGCUUAGGUGAAGCCAGGGAAUGGGCACAGCAAGAAUUGCGUAGCCAUGUCCAAAGCACUCAAACAGAGCAGCUCCAAGCUUGGCGCGAGCGUAUGAGGAACUCUUCAGCCAAGCCUCUAGGCUGCGUGGCACAGCCGCCGGAUGCGAUGGGUGGUCAGGUUCCCACGGUUUGGAAAAGUAUUCGGCAAAUUUUGCUCCAAAAACCAAACGCUAAGUUGCGUGACACGGAUCACGCGUUGCCAGCCAAAGAUUUGCGGCCAAUUGCGAUUCAGAGCGUCAUCUGGCGCGCCAUUGCCUCUGCGUGGACGCGCAGACCGCAGACGCGAGCUUGGGUCACGAGCUGGGUCCACUCCUCAGCCUGUGGCGGCAUCCAGGGGAAAAGUGUCGACACUUCGAUCCCUCAGGGAGACGCCAUCAGCCCUUUGACUCUUCUUGCGGUCCUCACUGGCCUCACAGGCCGGGUGUUGCAAGCAAGGCCUGAACCACACACUUUGGUCACCUUUUUGGAUGACCGAAACAUGGUGGCUAAAACGCCCGAGCUAGCGGCCCAGUUGUGGGACACCUGGAAACAGCUCUCACCGAAGGUGGGUUUGAAAGAGAACGAAGAAAAAAUUCAAAUCGUGGCUCGGCAAGCUGCCUUUAAGCCCAGAUUGAUUGCCGCGGGUUUCGACGAAACUCACAUUGUGCAAGGUACAUGGCUCGGCACGGUCCGUAGCUGGCUCCAAAGUUUGAAUUGGCAUGAAGAGGCCGCAUGGACAUGGAUUCACCCGGACAUUCAAUUCCGGCUUGAUUGGACACAACCCAUUGAUGAAAACACCAAACAGAGAGAACACCAUGCUUUGCGUGAAGCGUGGCGCAGACAACAGUUUCAACAGUUCUUGUCAAGUGGCCGUCGUGAUGCCACUGCUGUACAAGGAAGUGUUUAUCAAGAGGCCAGGGCCAAACUCACGCGCCAAACAUACCAGUCUUCCAACACUCACUCACGUGCUUGCUUGAUUGGUGCCGUUGUUUCAGAUGCCCGUUUAGAUAGGAUUCGAGACCACAACACCGCACCAGCUCCUUGCAAGUGGUGUGCGUCUGGCAAUGUGCCAACAUGGGAUCACUUGGCCUGGGACUGCCCAGCCUUUGCUGCGACCCGAACGUCGCCCCCGCAUGAUCUUUUGCAGAGAGUGCUAGGUUGGCCAACAGGCCGGAAUGAACAGGUUGAUGCUGCGAUCUUGACCCACUUGGGCUGUGUCCGAGAGCGUGUGCUGGAUCGAAGAUAUCGCAGGCCUUAUGCAUUUGCAGCUGUCACGGAGGAAGGGUCGCUUGUCACCUGGGGAAAGGCCACCUUGCGAGGAAGCUUCUUUGUCCAAAAGUUGCGUGGUUGGGAUGGUGUGCCUAGGGAAGGUGAUUCACAAAAGCCGAAGUUGGCAAAAGCACCAGCAUCAGAAGCCUUGCAGGCCAGCACAAGCCCGCAGAGGGGACCUGACCGUUGCAGUCUUGCCCAACGGCUGGCAGCAGGAAGGACGUUGGAGCUGCUGACAACACUGAUGGUAGUGCAUUUCCUGAAGAUCUGUGCUGCCAAAGUCACACAGUUGCAGCCCAGAGGAGGUCUCUUUGCUUUCCGGGACGAUCAGCCGGUGUUCAUUCUGAGUGUAUGGACAAGCAGAAAAAUUACUUUGGCUGAUGUGGUUCCAUUGAAGCAGGCAACUUUUCAAGGACGAACCGUCCUCAAAGCCAAAUACACAGAGACCCGCACAUGCAGAUGGAGUGAGCUCAAAGAUGUCGGCUUACAUUUCCAGGUUGCCAACUGUGCGAAUGAUCGCCGUGGAGCGAGCUUGCUGUUCCAGAAGCAACCGGGGGAAACACAAGGAGAUCAAGGCAGAGCUUUGCGCGAGAAUGCAGCUUUGGCAGCUCUCUGGCAGGCUGGCAAUGCAGAGCUAGGUUUGGCCACUUCAUGCACAUUUGAUCACUCGGUGCGAUCCGUUGUGCCACGUUUGCAGGCGCACCUGGCCGAACGAGCUGCUUCAGGUAUUACCCAUCACGCGGCCCCACGCGCAGAUGAGAGCCGUUCCUUUUGGAUUCUGGACCUGCCAUUGCCAGUGCAAGUGGAUGGUCGCCGCCAUCGCUGCCAUACGUGCGCGCACUUGCGCAUCUUCGACAACUGCACCGUGGAGACACAUGAUGUUGCUGCAGCCUAUCCUGACCUGCGGGCUUUGGUGGAGCAAAUCUGUGGCAAUGCUCUUUCCCUCAAUGUAGCUGUGCGCAUGAAAGAAUUUUGCAGUGCAGUGCCCAAAUCUGUAUCCAUCCGCUCCAUUCUCAUGGCAGCAUUGGAAGAUUACACCAAGGCAGCUUCACGCGAGAUGCAGCGGCUCAUCAAUGUGUACAGUGGUUCAGUGAUCAGAGGAGAUGGAAACCAGGAUGUAGCAAAAACGAUUACAAUGUAUGAUGAAGCAGGUCAGAAAACACACCCAUAUACGGUGCUCCUAGCUUGGGUCACGGUAGACGGGGCCUUGUUUCAGCCUGUAACAGCAGCUGAAACAGAAGACUGGGUCGACUUGCAACCUGAUCUGGAUGCUGUGGUAACCAACCUGAAACAGGACAGGCUGGCAUCAGGCCUGUCCUUAGCUGAGGCAGCCCCAGUAAGUGCAGCGAGUCCAGAUGCCCCAUGCCUCAUUGCUGAUCACAAAGACAUCCUGCAGCGGUUGUCCUUGAAACCAAGGGUGGCAGAAGAUGUUCCACCUGUGCUCUCUGAGCCAGGUCUUUUCCUUGAGCUUGAAGAGGUCCAUCAUCCUCUAUUGAAGUCGGUGGUUGAAGAUCUACAGGAGGGUGUGACCUUAGCUGCAGCCUUUGGCUUCACAGAGAAUGUAUGCUUUGAAUGUGCUGACACCUGGUUGCAGCUGGAUGCUCUGGAAUUUGACCCUCCAAGGCGGUCUGGAGAUGGCAGCGGCCGGGCAGAUGUGCAGCGGAUUCGCUUGCUCUACAAGCCUGAUUUACACGGAGAUGAUGGGCUCGUUAUAGUUUCCUCUGACGAGGAGGAUGUCAUCUCCCCGCAGCAUGCUCGGGUUCAAGCGUUGCAAGAAUCUUGUUUGCAGACGCUGCAGGCCGCAGACCACAAAUUAUCCGCAAAUCCGACAAAUAUGACCAUGAUACCACGCAUUGACAAGUGCUCUCCGGUACCCAAGCCGCGCCAUCAAGUUCAAGUUGUAGGAGUUAGCUUCCUAGACAUGGCCACGUGUGAAGUUUGUGGAGAUGGUUUCGCAGACGAUGCGGAAAAACACUUGUGCUCCCCGAGCCGAGACUCUUGCUCGCACGUGUGCCACGCGGAUUGCUUGCAGCAAUACCGAUUAAAGCAGGGCUGCCCUAUGCAUGACUGCCCAUUCUGUCUUCAGAAUGAAGAUUCCCAGGAAGAGGCUGAUGAUGCCGCUUUGCAAGAGAUGGAGAUUGAGGCAGCAAUGGAAGCAGAGGCUGUGGCUGAGGGGGUAAAAAGAAAGACCAGAGGACAACGCAGCCCAGUGCCGCCCACCCAAAGGUCCCCAAGCCCAGAAAGCCCUCCCUUCACACAGGGUGGAAGUGAAGCAGCCCGCUUGUCCAUUCCAAGCUUUGGGAUUGACAUCUACGACCUGAGUCGGACCAGCAAGGCAUCUACCACGGUGAAGGAUCCUAUGCACGACGCCAUGUCGGAGUACUUGGCUUGCAGGGAUGAAGCACAAAGCCUUUCGUUGCUUCACACCAAGAGCACAUAUCAAGGGCUUGGAAGCCCAGAGGCUUCUUAUCAAACCGUUCUGAAUGCAGCCUUGAAAGACCCCAGGGACCACCACGCUGUGGCAUCAGACUUUGCCUUCAGAACUCGAGAAGUGCUGCCCGUGCCUUUCGAAGUCAGCUUGAAAACCAUUGCCCGCAAGGAAGGCACGCGGCUUCGAUUGCAGCCUGAUGAGGAGCACCGACGUGGCGCCACAUGCACGGAUGCCACCAUCAAGGGUAUUCGUGCUUCCAUCAAAGAAUAUGCCCGUCUGCAUUACGGCAACAAAGAAAAGAUGUGCACUUGGCUGAACUGCGAAGAUGACAAGACAGUCACUGGAGAUGGUGCCACGGCGCUGACUCAUUACACCCAAGUGUAUGGACUGGUGUCGCUUUGUGAGUAUGUGCUCCAGCCGACUGCAAGCAUGUUUUCCAAGAGAAUCCAUGCGACGUGGCAAACAAGGCCAGUGACAAGUGACCCUGAUCAGCAGAGCCAGUCCAGCAAAGAGUUCCUGAUUGACUUCUUUGGUUGGAUGGGGCGCGUGGCAAGCAACCAGGACAAAGACCACUAUUUUGACAAGUUCGCCUUGCCCGUGCUCAGGAAGGCUUUGCAGGGAAUCUCCGACUUCUUUCACGAGAAUCACGAGAAUGUAGAAGAGAAAGAGGAAAAACCAGCAAAGUACGUCUUGGCAGCAGUCAAAGACCUCUUGAAAGUUGGCAUCUUGCAAGAGGUUGACAAGAAGGAAGUGGAAGAACAGGCGCCCAAACUUAAGGACAAGAAAAGCGCCAAGAGCAAGGAGGCCACGCUAAAGAGCGAGCCACGAGGUGCCGAUGCUAAGUGGCACCAGGACAAUGGCUUCUACCUUAGGGAUUCAGCAGAUGCUGAUGCCAGCAUGCGUGAUGUUG